UCUGAAAAUAUUCCCGGAUGUUUCGCUACUGCUUCACCGGAUGUUAGUAAACCGUGGCUAGAAGACGGAAGCUGUAAAAUUUUGACAAACAGCUGAGGUGAAGCUCAGUCUGACGAUGAGCGUCCCAGACUACAUGCAGUGUGCCGAGGACCACCAGACGGUGCUGGUGGUGGUCCAGCCGGUGGGCAUCGUGCCCGAGGACCAGUUCUUCAAGAUCUACAAGCGCAUCGCCAGCGUGAGCCAAGUGAACAUCCGCGACUCCCAGCGGCUCCUCUACAUUCGCUACCGCCACCACUACCUGCCCGAGAACAACGAGUGGGGCGACUUCCAGACGCAUCGCAAAGUGGUGGGCCUCAUCUGCAUCACCACGUGCAACUCGGCCAAGGACUGGCCGCAGACCGCCGAGCGCUUCCACGGCCAGAAGGAGGUGUACAGCUCCACCCUGUACGACUCGCGCCUGCUGGUGUUCGGCCUGCAGGGGGAGAUCGCCGAGCAGCAGCGCACCGACGUGGCCUUCUAUCCGGGCUUCGAGGAGUGCUCCGACGUGGAGCGGAGGGUCGAGGACUUUGUGGAGUCCAUAUUUAUCGUCCUGGAGUCCAAGCGGCUGGACCGGGCCACAGAUAAGUCCGGUGACAAGAUCCAGCUGCUCUGCGUGCCUUUUGAAAAGAAGGAUUUUGUGGGUUUGGACACAGACAGCAGGCAUUACAAGAAGCGUUGCCAGGGGCGGAUGAGGAAGCAUGUCGGGGACCUGUGCCUGCAGGCGGGGAUGCUGCAGGAUGCGCUGGUCCACUACCACAUGGCUGUGGAGCUGCUCAGGGGAGUCAACGAUUUCCUCUGGCUUGGUGCUGCGUUGGAAGGCUUAUGUUCAGCCUCUGUCAUCUUCCACUACCCGGGAGGCACAGCAGGAAAGAUGGCCGCACGCAAGCCCAGCAUCUCCCAGCCGGCCGACGCGGGCAAACGCCACAGACCAGGGGCUCAGGAGGUUCUCAUUGACCCAGGUGCCCUGACGGCCAACGGCAUCAGCGCCGACACCAGCACAGAGAUCGGACGAGCAAAGAACUGCCUGAGUCCGGAGGACAUCAUCGAGAAAUACAAAGAGGCCAUCUCUUACUACGGGAAGUACAAGAACGCAGGUGUGAUCGAGCUGGAGGCCUGCGUUAAAGCCGUCAGGGUGCUGGCCAUCCAGAAGAGAGCCAGGGAGGCCUCAGAGUUCCUGCAGAACGCAGUCUACAUCAACCUGGGACAGCUGUCGGAGGAGGAGAAGAUCCAGCGCUACAGCAUCCUGUCCGAGCUCUACGAGCUCAUCGGCUUCCACCGCAAGUCGGCUUUCUUCAAGCGCGUGGCAGCCAUGCAGUGCGUGGCACCCACCAUCUCCGAGCCAGGCUGGAGGGCCUGCUACAAGCUGCUGCUGGAGACUCUGCCUGGAUACAGCCUGUCACUUGACCCCAAGGACUUCAGCAAAGGCACCCACAGAGGCUGGGCAGCCGUACAGAUGCGCCUGCUGCAUGAGCUGGUGUACGCCUCCCGCCGCAUGGGCAACCCGGGCCUGUCUGUGCGCCACCUGUCCUUCCUGUUGCAGACCAUGCUGGACUUCCUGUCUGAUCAAGAAAAGAAAGAGGUGACCCAGAGUCUGGAGAACUACACCUCCAAGUGUCCAGGUGGGAUGGAGGUCAUCACUCUCUCUGAUGGACUCAAGCUCCCUCCGGUUCCCUUCACGAAGCUCCCAAUGGUCCGAUCGGUUAAGCUGCUCAAUCUGCCCACCAGUCUACGGCCCCACAAAGUGAAAAGCCUGCUGGGACAGAGCGUGUCCACCGCCAGUCCCUUCAUCUACUCACCCAUAAUCAUGCACAACAGAGGAGAGGAGCGCUGUAAGAAGAUAGAUUUCCAGUGGGUUCAAGGAGACGUUUGUGAAGUCCAGCUGAUGGUGUACAACCCGAUGCCCUACGAGCUUCGUGUGGAGAACAUGGGUCUGCUGACUUCUGGAGUGGAGUUUGAAUCUCUGCCAGCUGCUCUGUCCCUGCCCGCUGAGUCCGGGCUGUACCCCGUCACUCUGGUAGGAGUCCCGCGCACAGCUGGCAACAUCACAGUGAACGGUUACCACACGUCCGUCUUUGGCGUGAGCAGCGACUGCCUGCUGGAAGGCCUGCCUAGUGUGAAGACAAGCGGCUGUUUAGUGGAAGUCAUUCCCUCCCUUCCUCGGCUUCAGCUCAGCACAUCGCUUCCACGAUCAGCUCACACCCCUCAGCAUAUGUCCAAAGAAGAACUGUCCACCUCCGUGUCUGUCCAGCUCUUUAACGGAGAGAGGCAGCAGCUGACCAUCACUUUGGAGAACAUUGGCACGGAAGACAUUGAGAGUCUGGAGUUGACCUCUAAGACCGUCAACAUUAAAGACAAAGUGUUUGGCAAAUUUCUGAGUUGGGAUAUAGAGGAAGCGGUGCAUCAACUUCCGCUUAAGCCGGGCCAGACUGUGACUCUCACUAUCAGCAUCAAAGUCAAGCUGGACUUCUCCGGUCAGGAGAACCUGCUGCAGGACCUGAAUGAUGAUGGGAUCAGCGUGACGGGUUUGCCGAUCACCAGUCCUCUCCGACAGGUCCUGAAGCCCAGGGCCGAGACCAAGGCGGUGAGCAGCGAGUCCGGCAAGGCCGAGUACAGCCACGUCAAGGUAGGUAGAAACAACACUGCAUGCACACCGCGGUGAUG